CCCGCCUUUUCCGGUACUCAGGCGCCCUGACCUUCCUGCCGCCGGUCCCAGCUGAAGAGACUCUGAAGCAACCCCGCGGCUCUGCCCGACGCGUCCGGCUCGCGACACCAUGGUGGCGUACUGGAGGCAGGCUGGACUCAGCUACAUCCGCUUCUCCCAGAUCUGUGCGAAAGCAGUGAGGGAUGCCCUGAAGACCGAGUUCAAAGCUAACGCCGAGAAGACGUCCGGCAGCAGCAUAAAGAUCGUGAAGGUGAAGAAGGAGUAGCCGGCACUGGCUAAAGCAGGAACUGCCGAGUCGUCACAGUGAAGACAUGUGGGUACCUGCUAUGGCAGAUUGAAAUCACCCUCACCUCCUGGGGACAAAACUGCCCUUGUUGAUAAAUUGACUAUGCCAAUAAACUGACAUGGUUCAUGUCUGCUGGGUUUCA